CGCAUCCGGGUCUGCUUCAGGAAGGCCCAAGGUUCCAACGAGCUAGGCUGAGCCCGGUGGCCGGCGAGGCACCACCAGCAGCCCGGACUACGGUCCCCCAGGAGGCGCCCCUGGAGCUCCCAGGACUCGCCCCGCGUCGCGCGGUCCUGCGCCCCGCUCGCCCCAACCCGCCUCCCCUACCACCGACAUCUGUUACCUCAAAGAGGACUUCACCGCCCGCGCUCCCCACGUCCUCUGCUAGGCCCAGGAGCGCCGUCUACAGCGCCGUCGAGGCGAUGGGCAGCCGGCCCCGCAGCCCCAGCGCCUUCCCUGCGCCCUGGUGGGGACAGCAGCCAGGAGGACCCGGCCCUGCCAAGCGCCUCCGAUUGGAGGAGCCGGCGGGCCCCGAAUCCCGCGCGGCACCCAGCCUGGAAGACCCGGCGGGGGGCCCGGCCGUGGACGUGCUCACCUCCAUAGUGGUCCUGGCCGCGGGCUGUGCCCUACGUGUGCCCCUGGACGACGUCGACCUUGUGCUGGAGCCCGCACCAACGUCGAUCCUGCGAGUGUCUCUCGAUGGACACACCCUCAUCCUGAUCCCCGAGGUCCUCCUGAGCUCCGGCGACGAAUGCUCAGGAGCGCAGGACGACUCGUCUGCCGGCCUGGAAGUGGACGUUUUCCUGGGCGCUCUCAGGGAGGACGUCGUCGUCGAGCUGGAAUUCUGCGCAUCUGUCCCAGAGAUCGCCGCCCAGGAAGAGGCCUACGAGGAGGACGCGGACCCCGAGUUCCCGGAGCUCCGGAUGGACUCCCCAACCGGCUCAGCCGCUGGGCUCUACCCCUCCUCUAGAAGUAUGUUCAGCCCCUAUUGGGAGGGCCCCAUCCCAGAACCCUGUGCUCUGGCCCCCAACCCAAGUUCAGAGAAACGCUCUCCACGCCCCAUCUUCGACCUGGAAUUCCGCCUUCUGGAGCCUGUCCCCAGCUCACCUCUCCAACCUCUACCUCCCUCUCCGUGCGUGGGGAGUCCAGGUCCCCACGCGCACCCGCCGCUCCCGGAACGCCCUCCGUGCAAGGCCCGCAGACGACUGUUCCAGGCAUAAACCCCCACCGCCACGUGCACACAAUAAUCCUGGCCGCUCUGCUGGCGGCCCUCUAGGAUUGCGGGAAUCUCUCACAUUGAGUAUCCAACAACCUGGAAAUUGGGCACCGCGUGUUCGCACAAUUGCUUUUUCGCUGCACGCUACCGAUAGUAGGAGAUGAAGACAUCAGCAAGAAAAGGCAUAUUCUAGACCUCAUCUUUAAAUAGAAAAUCUGCGCACGGAUACCAGAAAAUGUGUCCAGAUUUCUGGGCUUCUUCACGAGGUCAUAUUCAGAUCCCAUCAUUCUCCCUCGUUUUGCAUCAGUUGUUUCUCUCAAAUUCCAGUCUUUCUCCAGCAUCAUACUGCCACUCCCUUUCUCCCCAAACCAAGAAAUCACUAGAUCUCUUACGUUGUUAGUUACCUUGUAUUUUUUUCCCAUGAAUUUUGGAAGACUUAGCCAUGGCUUUUCUCAGGGUUUUUCCAACUGCUCUCCAAGGAAACUGCCAAAUAGUAUGCUUACUAUACAAGACUGUAUGUUGCUUCUUCCUAGGAACCCCUUAUCCUGCUGAAGUUUUCUUCCAGUCUUCUAAUUCUAAAUGAAAAUUUGCGUUGAAUUUUAUCAGAUGUUUUCAGCAUGCAUUGUGUUAUGUAUUUUUUUUUAAUUUGUUAAUCUGGUGAUUUCACCCAAUGGAAAGUGUUUGCAUUCCUGCUAUUUCACAUUACUUUAUACCUUUUAAAAUCUAUCCUGAGUUUUUUCUCAUGUAAACCAAACUUCUAACUUUUAAAAUGUUAAUUUAUUACUGUAGUUGCCUCAUAUUUUUAUAUAGGAGAUAAAAGAUUACUGGUAAAGCUG